AUGUGGAAUCAAUCUGAAGUGCUUGGGCCCCGCGCACGAUACUUUUGGCCAUUUCUUAUGGUUCCUUUUGACGAACGACGAGGAAAUCGGUUGUCGCGAAAACAACGAUGCUUCAAUUUUCAUCUUUCAUCAACACGCAUAUAUGUUGAGUGGAAAAUUAAAGGGCGUUUCAAAGUGCUGAAUGGCGUGACAGAUCGUCAUGCACACACGACGAAUGCACGAAUGAUAUGUAGCGCAGCAGUACUUCACAACCUGCUGGUUGACAUUGGUGAUGAAGAGGAAAACACGUACAUGGAGCAAUUUUACCGCCAUGAUAACGAAUAA